UUUGGCCGACUCGCGAGCACGCUCUGUGCUGCUUUCUCCCGCAUUUCGCUUGCUUUUAACUCGCCUUUCGUCGCGGUGCGUGUGUGUUCGUGAGAGUGUGUGUGUGCUGGCAGUGCGUGUGCCGCGCCGCUAUUUGUUAAUAGUUAUUAAUCCCGGCUUAAUAUCAUGCCUGCACUUUAAUCGCCUCUGAGCAAACGACCAAAAUUAUAAUAAUAAUAAUGCCGGCAAACAGAGCAGUGAAUUAGUGUGCGAACUGUUUGUGUGGGUGUCUGCCUUGCCAAAAAUAUUUACCGCAAAAUAAACAAAUACAAGCAAAGCGUAUUGAAUCCCAGUCAAAGCCAAUCAACAACAAAAGCCGGCGAAAUAACCAUUCUCGCUCUCUCUUUUCCAAAAGAGAGUUAUUUAAAGUUUUAAAAUGCAAGGGAAACAACAACAUGAAUAUCUGCACUGCAGAAGAAAAGCAACAGCAUCAAUAACCCCCCGCCUUGUGAUAUUCAGCAGUCCGCUACUUCUUCUACUGCUUACCACCCACUUUCCAGCCACCGUACAAGCCGAUAAUGGCCCCGUCCCCCAAGUGGCCGCCCUUGCCGCCCCAAAUCCGGCGGGAGGCGUGGCAGGAGGGUCCUCGAUCAUCGAUCAAUUCAGUCCGAAUUGCAGUGCUGUGACGCACAUUUUCCAGGCGAGAGGAAUCGAUGCCAUCGAGAUUCCCCAGAAACCAAGUAACGAACGAGUCCUUCGGUACUGUGAGUCCCCAUCGGUGGGCACCUGCUGCACCUACAACAUGGAGACCCGCAUGGCGAUGCAGUCGCGCCAGCAACUCGAGGGACACACCAAGGACCAGAUAUCUCGGAUGUCUGGCAUCCUGGGCAGCAAGGCCACAAAGUUCAAAGACAUUUUCAUCGCCCUGCUCAAAGAGUCGCGCACUCAGUUCAAUAGCAUGUUCAUUCGAACCUACGGUGUCAUCUACGAGAGGAAUUCGUACGUCUUCUCGGACCUUUUCAAAGAGCUGGAGACCUACUUCGCCAACGGCCGCGUGGAUUUGCUGGAGGUCAUGGACAAGUUCUUCAACACGCUGUACCAAAAGAUGUUCACCGUGCUGAACACCCAGUACACAUUUGAUGAAAACUACAUGCGAUGCGUCAGCGAACACAUGAAGGAGCUCAAGCCAUUCGGUGAUGUUCCGGACAAGCUGUCCGUCCAAAUCAAGCGAUCCUUCGUGGCCACGCGCACCUACGGACAGGCACUGACUACGGCUUCCGAGGUGGCCAAAAAGGUCCUCAAUGUCCGAUUAAAUGCCGACUGUACGGGAGCUCUGACCAAGAUGCAGCACUGCGGCGCCUGCAAGGGCUACACGGAGAAGCCCUGCACCAACUACUGUGUGAACGUCAUCAAGGGAUGCCUGCACUACCAGCACGAGUUCGACGGCGAGUGGGAGAACUUCGCCAUGGCCAUGGAUAAGGUGGCUGAGCGACUGCUCGGGUCCUUCAAUAUUGUGAUGGUGGUGGAACCACUCAACAUAAAGAUAUCCGAGGCCAUCAUGAACUUCCAGGAUUCUGGCCAGGACAUUACCAAUCGAGUGUUCCAGGGCUGCGGCAGGCCCAAGCUGAAGAAAAUGAAGCGUUCCAUUAGCCCCAAAAUGCAAGGAGUCCAAGUGCUUAAUGCAAAGAGCCCUGUGGAGGCGGAUACUCUAGACAUUGAUGACGCUCUCGAUGAAGCGAUUGUGCUGAGGGAGCGCAGAGCCGCCGAGCCAGGCUCGCAGGAUUCCUCGGGUCAGCAGUCUCAGGAGCAGGGAGCUGGGAAGGCCGGAAAUGGAGGAGGCAGCGGAGGAGGUGGAGGCGGAGGCGGUGGUGGCAACAACAGGCGCCAACAGCAACGACGCAAGCAACAACAGCAGCGACGCAAGCAGCAAAACAAUCGCGACGACAACGAUGACGACGACAACGAAAGUGGUGGCGGAGGACGCGAACCGAUUCUGGACAGGAUCGUGAGGGACAUUCGCCAGCGGGUGAAGGACUACAAGAAGUUCUGGUCCAACUUGCCGCAUUCCGUUUGCAGCAACGAGGAUAUAGCCUCCAGCUCCGACGUGGACGGCAUGUGCUGGAAUGGGCACACCAUCGACAGGUAUAUGCACUCGAUCACCACGGAGCACGGCUCGAAUCCAGAAUUCAGUGGAAAUCCUGCCAGCACUAAGCAAACCGCUCAGAUGUCCGCACAACUUAGCCACCUAAAGAAUGCCAUCGUUCAUCUGCGAAAUGCUUACAACGGUCAGGAUGUAGAGUGGACCGAACAAGAAGAACUGCCAUAUGCGGGCAGUGGAGCAGGCUCGGGAUCCGGCUCCGAGGAUGACGAGGACGACGACGAGGGCUCAGGCCUGGGACCAUUCGAGCCGAGCAACAAACCGGACGUGGAGCGUCCCUCGGUGGAUGCGGACAACGACGAUGACGAGGACGCCGGUGGCCGGUCGCACAUGCCCACGCACACAUCACGACCGACGAGCGGAGGUGACGACAAGAAUCCGCUCAUCCACACCACCCACUUCGACCACGAUCACAACGAUCUGGAUGAGGAACACCGGCAGGAGGACGACGAGGAGGACUCGGAUGGAGGGCAUGGCGACUCGGAGGCCAACGGAGGCGAUGACAAUCGAUCAUCCGACGCCCCGGAGAAGAUGACCCUGCGUCGCGCUCUGGUUGUUUAUCUGCUGCCGCUUUAUAUGGCGUGGUUCGGCGGCGUUUGCGCCGAUUUGCUGUGAUUACUCAAUGUGCGAAAGGCAGCCAAGGUGGAGCACGGCUGCAUCACCUACACCUCUCAGUCAUUCAUCCGUGAAGCAAAAUGUUAUUAGCAGAACUACAUGCAACCCUUAUAUACGAAAUGCGAGUCCAAAAUUUUAUAAAAACUUUUGAUAGAAGCAAUCAAAACGCAAUCCAGAAAAUACAGGCCUUUUUCGAAUUUUACCCUCGGCAGGAAUUUGCGAAUUUGUAAUUGAUUUAAAUUCCCUGACAUUAAGCUUAUGAAUCAUGAGCAGAAACAAAGUUCAUUAAAUCUAGUAUUCCAUUUUUGUAAACCUUCAGCCACUGUAAAAUGGAGAAAAGCCUGAUUGUAAGCGUUUCGACACCGAAUCGCGUUAGGAGAACAAGAAAUUAGAGGAGGAGAGAGAAUACGUAACGAGCCCAUUUUAGUUUAGUAAGCCCCAAAAGCCCCUGCCCCCCACACUCUAAGUCUAAGUGCGAAAUUGUAAUUGUAAGCCAGUGUGAAUGCGUGAGUGUCGCGGAGUGAGUGAUUUUAUCGAGUGUGAGUGCGAGCGGAGUGCCUGUUCAAUGUGAUCGUUUAGCAAAAAUUAACUAUAAACACUUUAGCCCCUAGAGACCUAAGCAAAAACACACCUACACUUACAUAUUUAAUUUGUAUUAUAUUUAUGCAUACGCGCAUAUGUAACAAGCAAAUUGCAACAUCACACGAAUUCAAUUAGCCCCAACAUGAACAGCAAUAACUAAUUUGUAACUGUAGUCUAACUGAUAAAUCUAAAAACUGAAGUCCAAUUUACGUUGACAUGGCCAUAGAAAAGCGUCCGAGCCACGGCUUUUUGUAACUUGUAUCUUUCGUAGACAGCCCUGACUUUUGCCAGCCAUUAAGCGCAUUUCAAACUAAACUGAGUAAACCUACAUAUUUAUAUUUAUUUUUGAUUUUUUAUUAGUUUUUAUAUAUUGUAUUAAAACAAACCGAAAAA